AUGGCUACUUCUCCGACUAGUAUAGAGACGCAAAUAGACAGCUUCUUGGAACAGUUCAAGAGGAGCGCUUCUAAGGCCAUGGAAGAACGGAUGGAGUGGCCUGAUGGGCCGUCACCAGCCAUCGUCAGGUCCAGGAGUAGCUGUUUUACUUUAGAUUCUUCAACCAGCGUGUAUCAGUUGCGAAUAAAAGGCGAAAAAGGUGAGUUUGAUUCUUUCUUUGCUAUGACUAUAUGGCCCAAUAUUCCACGGGAGUUCGAUCCGCUAUGCGAUAAUGAAACUUAA